AUGGCUCCUUCAAAGGUCAAGUUUCUCACUGGUGCUCCUGUCACCUCUGCACUGAACUGGAGUGAUGAGGGCUUGCUCAAUACAUUUUCCUCAGCACUGCAAAGACAUCUGGAUGCCCAUUCGGGUCCUCCACCUACACCUGCGCCUACUCGACCAGUAGCCAGAUGGAGAUCAAUCUUCCUGGCCCCAAACAAGACCUUCCACCAAAGUCCCGUCUUGCCUCGAAGAUUACCACAGGCCAACAUAAGGACACUGCCUCGUCAGAUCCACAACCUGAUAGAGGACCAUGAUGAUGACUUUCUUGACCACUCUUUCGCUCUGGAGGCAGAUCUACAGUCCUCUCAGAUUGCUCCUCACCACCAAAGUCCAGGGGCUGAUGCUGAAGAAGCGACUUUCAUGACAGACGACUCGGUCUAUUCGACAUUCAUGGACGGGCUUGACACCACUAUCAUGUCCACCCAACCUUCCCUCAGAGAAGACUCUGGACCCCGAUCAGGCGCAGCAUUCAGGCCUGUCGGACCCAUCAUGAGCAUCAAGGCCAUCCCAACUGCCGAUUAUCUUCAACGUAUACAGCCUCAAACCAUGACUGUGAACUUACUAGUCGGGAUCAUCAGCAUAGCCCCUGCCAGGACAGUGACAACGCGCAAAGGUGGUCAUGACAUGGACAUCGUCGAACUCACAGUCGGAGACGAGACCAAAGCAGGCUUCACCAUUAGUUCAUGGCAUCUAGCCCAAGACUCUCAGCAGAGCCACAAGGUCGAGGACAAGUCACGCAACGUCCUCUCAUCACUACGUUCACAAGACAUUGUACUUAUCGAACGAGUGGCACUAAGCUCCUUCCGCAAUGCAGUCUUUGGCCAAUCUCUUAAUCGCAGAGCGACCAAGAACACUACCGCAAUCACAGUCCUGCACAAAGCACACGACUUCCGCGCAGACAGCGCACAGCAGUCUACUUUUCCUCUGGCCGUGGAGAACAAACUCGAGCGAGUCCGCGACUGGGUCUCAGUCUUUGUCGGUGCUACCAAACGCAAGGCGCAAUCAGAGCCUUUGCUACGAGCUGGUCCCAAGAAAAGGGAANAGGGUACCCAUAUCGAAGAGUUUCUGCCAGCCGACUCUCAGCCUUGA